UGUCACCGACCAAAUAACAACACCCCACGCUUCUCUCUCUCUAACCUUCUCAAGCUCUUAGUAACGGCCGACCUCCAACCCAACUCUAGCCUGCGAAAAACCCCCUUGUAGUUUCCCCCUCUCUCCUUCUCUCUAUCUAAGCUCCCUAUGCUCUAGUAGCCAUGGUAACAUCCGACUAUGACACUAGCUGGUCCUCAAUCAGUGCUCUAAACUCGAGCCAUAGCUCGAUCAGCGACUUGAGCUCUGUGAGUCUCCGCUCAUCUUCAGUCUCUUACAGCGAUGCCAGUUUUUCUCUCUCUAAAAAGUCUGUCUCUCUAAAGCCCCACAAAGCUAACCAAGCAGCAUGGGAAGCGAUGAGAGAAGCUCAAAUGGUGUCGGGCCAGGUCGGUCUCGAUAGCUUUCGCCUUCUCAAAAGGCUUGGUAGUGGAGAUAUUGGGAUCGUCUAUCUUUGCAGGCUACGACCACCAUUGCCUGAAUUUUACUAUGCGAUGAAGGUGGUAGAUAGAGAGGCGCUUGUGCAUCGAAACAAAUUGCAGAGGGCAAAGGUUGAGGGAGAAAUACUAGGGGUUUUGGACCAUCCCUUUUUACCCACUCUCUAUGCUCAGUUUGAGGUAUCUCACUACUCUUGCUUAGUCAUGGAGUACUGUCCCGGAGGGGACUUGCUCUCUCUCCGGCAACGACAGCCCAGUCGGCGAUUCACCAUUUCAGCCGCAAGGUUCUACGCGGCCGAGGUACUACUUGCCCUAGAAUACCUCCACAUGAUGGGUGUUGUCUUUCGAGACCUAAAGCCUGAAAAUGUUCUUGUUCGAGGAGAUGGCCAUAUCAUGCUUUCCGACUUCGAUCUCUCUCUAAAAUGCGACGUCGUUCCGAAAUUGCUUCUCCCCAAACCGUCAAAUCCGCUCACCACAAACACUAAUGCAAAAACUGCCUCUUCAUGUGCCUUACCCCUACAGCCCAUGCUCACUUGUUUUUCUUCUAAUGAGAAGAAUGCAAACAAAAACAAGAAGAUUCAUGGCUUAGAUUUUCAGGCUGAGCUUGUUGUUGAGCCCUUAAGUGCUAGGUCAAAGUCCUUUGUGGGUACACAUGAGUACUUAGCCCCAGAGGUGAUCUCAGGAUUAGGCCAUGGCUCUGCAGUGGACUGGUGGACAUUUGGUGUUUUCUUGUAUGAGCUCUUGUAUGGGAAGACCCCAUUUAGAGGUGAAAGCAAUGAGAAAACCUUGAUGAACAUCAUGAAGAAACCUUUGGGGUUCCCUAAUAUGAUUUCAAUUGAUAAUGAGGGCUUUUCUGAGGCUAGGGACCUUAUAAGUAGAUUGCUGGCGAAGAACCCUAAGAAGAGGAUUGGAAGUGCUCUAGGGUCUGUGGAGAUUAAGAAGCAUGGGUUUUUUAGGGGGGUUAAUUGGGCUUUGAUUAGGUCAGUGAAACCCCCUCAAGUCCCAAAUGAACAGCUUAGGCUGAAUAAGGAAAAUAAUAGAAUGGUGGCUAAAAAUGUGAGAGAGAGGCAGAGAAAGAGGCAGGGAGAUUUAACCCACCAAAUGCCACCUCAUUUUGAGUACUUUUAAGUACGUUAAUAGAGAUGAGAUCAAAUGUUAUGCUCGCACUCUUGUUUGCUGUUGUUGGGUUUUUGACUUUUGACCAUGGGAUAGAUGAUUUUCCAUUUGGAAUGCCAAAGGAAUCAUAGUUUUGGUUGUUAAAAUGCUAAGCAAGUACAAUGCUUCUGUCACUAAGUUUGUAUAUUUGUAUCCUAGUA